GCAUUUCUGCUAUCGUAACUUCGUCAAACACGUUCCCGUCCGAGUAUUUUUUAACUUUUAAAUAACAAAACAUGACUUCUAAGGAAAACAAGCUGUUUAAGCAAUGUUUAGUCAUAUUCAUUGUGAUUUUAUCAAUAAAAACAAUCAAAGCAAAAUUAGGCGGGAGAAUAAUUAAUGGCUACUCAGUAGAUAUCCAAUACUUCCCUUUUAUGGCAUCGCUACAAGUAGAUGGAGAUCAUAAAUGUGGAGGUGCCAUUGUUUCCAACCGGAUUAUUGUAACAGCAGCACAUUGUGAUGUUUUUGCAACAGAAUUUUACAAAGUACGCGUUGGUUCAACUUAUUACGACCACGGUGGAUUACUCCUCAACGUCUCACAAGUAAUAAAACACCCUGAAUACAAUCGCAAAAACGCUGAUUACGAUGUAGCAAUAAUAGUCCUAUCAAAAGAUCUCAACUUCAAAGAUUCAAAAGGAACAAUCGCACCUAUUCCUCUCCCGGAUAAAAACGACUCACCACAAACAGGUUUAGGGACAGUUGUAUUAGGAUGGGGCACAACUGAUCCAAACGAUGAUUCUACACCGUCGAAACGUUUACAGAGCGCUUCCCAAAGAGUAAUAAGCACAAAAGAUUGCGUUUCAUUGUUUCCACCAGGAGCCAUCACUGAAAGAAUGUUUUGCGCACAGAAUUAUUAUUUAAGACAAGAUGCAUGCACAGGUGAUUCCGGCGGUCCAAUGUAUGGCAGAGGAGAAUUAAUCGGUAUAGUAUCCUGGGGCAUUGCCUGUGCAGAUGGGACAACUCCUGGUGUUUAUACAAACGUACCAAAAGUUCUAGAUUUUAUAAAUUCACAUCUGAAACAAUAAACAUAAUGUAAAUAACA